AAAAUUGUCAAUUUUUUGAAUGGAAGAUCAUAAUUGUCUAACAUAUUUUAGUCCCUAUUUGUUGAGACAUUAAUUUGGUUUUCUUCCAUACCAAAAAAAAGUUGAUAGUGGUUGUGGCCACAUUUCCACCGGAGAAAGCAGAUAAAAAGAGCCACACGCAAAAUAUGGUACGCCACAAGCUUACAAUAACCAAUCUCCCUUCUCUCCUCCAAUUUCAAUGGCCGUUUCCACACUUUCAUCUCCGGCGACUCAUCUCUUUGCUGCUCCCUCCUUCCCCGGAGACCACGGCAUCCCGAAGCUCCACCGAGCUCAUCUUCUCUCCGCCGCCGCUCACGGCGGCGACACUUACUGUAGCAGUGGUCCUGUCAGCAGCAUUUCGGCCCUUUACAAUCGUAAUGGCGCUCCCAAGUGGAGAACCAAUGUUUCUUUCUUCUCAUCUUUCUUGAAUCUGUACAGUGCUAAAGACGUCAAGGCUUUCAAAGAAGAACUUUUGGAGGCUAUUGCUCCCCUGGAUCGCGGCGCAGACGCCUCCCCUGAAGACCAAGAUCAGAUUGAGCAGAUUGUUAGGAAGCUGGAAGCAGCCAAUCCUACAAAGCAGCCUCUGAAGUCUCCUUUACUGAAUGGCAAAUGGGAGCUUUUGUAUACAACUUCUCAAUCAAUCCUCCAAACAAAUAAACCCAAGUUCUUGAGGUCAAGAAGAAACUACCAAGGAAUCAACACUGAUACACUUAGAGCACAAAAUAUGGAAUCUUGUCCCACUUUCAACCAGGUGACAGCAGAUUUAACCCCAAUAAAUUCAAGAAAGGUGGCUGUUAAGUUUGAUUACUUCAAAAUUGCAGGGCUGAUUCCUAUAAAAGCCCCCGAAACAGCCUGCGGGUCACUGGAAAUUACUUACUUGGAUGAAGAACUGAGAGUGUCAAGAGGCGAUAAAGGCAAUUUGUUCAUCUUGAAAAUGGUGGAUCCCUCUUACCGAGUCCCGCUCUAAUGUAUCGACACCAUGACAAGAUGUCCCAUUUAUACACAUCUUGAUAUUCUUUUGUAUAUUGGCAUUUUGCAGUCAAUAUAUCAUGAUUUUUUUAAGCCUCUUUUGGCAUUAGCGUUAGAGUUUGGCUAAUUAGCUCUAACGUUUUGAAAAUAUUAUAUAAUGGUAGCUUUUAGUAAGUGUUUUAAAACAUUGAUGUGCACAAUUUGACAGAACGUUAUUCCCAAAUCGUGCCUAAAAUGACACCAAGCUAUUUCAAGAUAUAAAAAAAGGAGAACUAAUGCU